CAAUUCUCGAAGCCUACUGAAUUCCACGCAUUCCACUUUUCAAUUCAAUCAAAUGAGCAUGAAAAAUCCCCAAUUCUGCAAUUAAAAUGAACCUCAUUUUUUGUUUUUUUCAACCUCUGCAACAGCUCAGUUCAUAAUUUCCCCAACCUUAAUAGCAGAGGGAAAGGUAAAAAUCCCACAAGGAAGAAACCGAACCGAGGGAAGGAGAUAUGGCGAGGGGAACUAGCAAAACUGGUCUUGAUCAAGAAAGCAAAGCAGGGUCGUUUUUCAUGGCGACUUUAGUGAUGUGGGCUGUUUCAGUUUUGUUCGAAAUUGGGUUUAAUAAGCGCACUGAGCUGCUUUUGAUCGUUGCCGGGUUCUGUUUCUACCAAUUUUCCAACUGGGUCAUCCGCAAUUACCUCUCUCGUGAUCCUCUCUUUGUGAAUACUUGCGUUUCCUUGCUCCAUUCCUCCGUUACCUCUGCAACAGUGGUUAUUGUUUUAGUUAACCAGUGGAUCAAAAGUGGAACAGAAGACAUGUUUGAGCACUUCCAGUUGGUUGAUGUUAUGUGGCCUGGGGCAUAUUCAGCUUUGUGUUUUUCAUCUGGUUACUUUGCUUACGAUCAGUGGGAUAUGUUACUCUAUCGGCUUUAUAGUGGCACAAUUCCUUCCAUUCUAGUUCAUCAUCUUGUGCUACUCAUUUGCUUUACUCUUGCCUUGUUUCGAAAAGUUACGAUCAACUAUCUACUGCUCACCCUGAUUUGUGAGCUGCAUUCAGUGUUUCUGCAUACAAGAAAGGUGCGCCGAAUGGCUGGAUUUCGCGAUGGCAGUAGCAUAGUUGUGAAGAUAGAAUGGGCUUUGAAUUGGUUUACAUUUGUGGUGGCACGGGUCAUUUCUCAUGUGCUGAUUACUGUCAAGCUCAUUAAAGAUGCUUCCAAGUUUGGGAAAGGUGUGGAACUCCCACUUGCACUCUGUGGAAUGGCUGGGAUGAAUUUGCUUAAUACCUUUCUGGGACUUGACCUGUUAAAAGCAUAUAGAAGGGAAAUGAAAAUCCAGAAAGAUAUCAACAAUCACAACGAUUAACUAUGGUGGUAGCUAUUGGGUAAAGGGCUUGUGCAUGUAUAUGUGAGUGGUAUCCUAUGUGUUUAAUUCAAUAUGUAAAUGAUGUGUUGUAUAUCAAUUACACAAGAAAGCCACAAAGAAGAUCAUCUUGUAGCUGUUGUUCGCCAGUCUACAACUUUGAAAGCAAAAAUUUUGGAAUUAUUUGUCUACCAGAUCACUCUUUUUUCAGAUCAUGUAACUGUUUCAGAUGUUGGUGUGACAAGCGGAAACUUCUCCAUGUGUAUCCAUAAUGUUUAUUCCUAUUUCAGUUUUCAAGAGCCUGUAUUAGUACAUAGUACUGAGGACUAUGUUGGGAAACAAUGGAAGUUGGGAGAUGCAAUUCCUUUGUUGGAUGUUUGGUGUUGAGAUACAUAUGAUGAUGCUACACUGUCUUGAAGUAGUAGUUUGGAUAUGCUUUGGAUUCUUCUAACUCACAAAUUGUACUAGAUUUAGUCCCCCAUAGGGAACUUGUUACUUUGCCUAAUAAUGAGUAAUUUUUUAGAAGCUUGAUCUCAGUGGUAGAACCUCAAAUCUUUUGCUUAGAAAAUACGUAGUAUUUAGACUUGUUAUCAACAAUUUUUGUUUGACGCCUAUUUGGGAUCAAAUUUUUACUAUAUUCAAAGAGAUGAUGAUGAUGAUGACCCUCCUCUUGUUUCCCCUGUUGGGACUUGGGAUCUUCCAUAACCGUUUUUAUUAAUAUUUAUAUAGGGUGUCUGCUGUCGACAUUGUGAUUAAUCU